AUCAGAUCGUCUCGUUCCUCCCUCUCCUCCCUCUCCUCCUCCCCUCUCCAUCUACCACCCCCCACAUCACUCACCAUGGCCGACUCCGAAUUGCCCACUCGCCCCAAGCCCGAGGAAACCCCCGCCGCCGCUGCCGACGCCCCCGCCGCCGAGGAUGCUGAGAAGGGCCCUAGCAAGAGCGCCUUGAAGAAGGCCGCAAAGGAGAAGGCCAAGGCUGAGAAGGCCGCUGCGCGUGCUGCCCAGGAGCAGGCCCAGGCCGCUGCUGCCGACGCCAACGACACCGCCAAGGACCUGUACGGCAAGCUCCCCGAGACCGAAGAUGUCAUCGCCGCGACGCGAUUCACCGAGAUCACCGACGAGCACUACGAGCAGGAGGUUACGGUGGUGGCCCGCGUGGACAAUGCCCGUGUGCAGAGCGCCAAGCUGGCGUUCCUGAUGCUGAGACAGCAGGGUCAGAAGCUGCAGGCGGUCAUUGCUGCCGCGGAGCCCAUCUCGAGACAGAUGAUCAAGUACACCGGUGGAUUGAACGUCAACUCCAUUGUCCAGGUCACCGGUAUCGUGAAGAAGCCCGCCGUGCCCAUCUCGUCCGCCUCCCUGAGCAACCACGAAAUCCACAUCCGCAAGGUCUACAUGAUCUCCGAGGCGGCCCAGAUGCUCCCCAUGCAGGUCAAGGAUGCUGAGCGGCCCCCUCCGGAGACGACUGAGGAGGGUAACGAGGUUGAUGCCGACGGCGCCCCGAUCGUCACGCUCAAGACUCGUCUCGACAACCGGGUUCUCGAUCUCCAGACUGAGACCAGCCAAGCUAUCACCUGGAUCUCCAGCGGCGUCGCCGAGCUGUUCACCGAAUACAUGAUCAAGAGCGGCUCGCGGUGGAUCUUCACCCCCAAGCUGGUGGGUGCCGCCACCGAGGGUGGUAGCAAUGUCUUCGAGGUCAAGUACUUUAAGCGCAACGCCUAUCUCGCCCAGAGCCCUCAGUUGUACAAGCAGAUGUGUAUCGCCGGUGAUAUGGAGAGCGUCUUCGAAGUCGCUCCCGUCUUCCGUGCCGAGGACAGCAACACCCACCGCCACUUGACCGAGUUCGCUGGUCUUGAUUUCGAGAAGACUUUCCGUGGCCACUACCACGAGGUCCUGGGCUUCGCUGAGGACCUUCUGGUCUUCAUCCUCACCCAGCUGAAGGAGCGCUACCAGGACAAGAUUGCCGUCAUCCAGAAGUCCUACCCCAAGGCUGGUGACUUCAAGCUCCCCAAGGACGGCAAGGCCCUCCGCCUGAACUACAUGGAUGGUGUGGCUCUCCUGAAGGAGGCCGGCGUCGACGUCUCGGAGCAGGAGCGCUUCGAGAACGACUUCUCCACGGCGAUGGAGAAGCAGCUGGGCCAGAUCAUCCGGGAGAAGUACGACACCGAUUUCUACGUGCUCGACAAGUUCCCCAUGGCCGUCCGUCCUUUCUACACCAAGGCCUGCCCCCAGGACGCGCGCUUCUCCAACUCCUACGACUUCUUCAUGCGCGGUGAGGAGAUCAUGUCCGGCGCCCAGCGUAUCAACGACAUCAAGGAGCUCGAGGAGUCGAUGAGGGCCAAGGGCCUGAACCCCGACCAGGAGGGCUUCGAGGACUACUUGAACGCUUUCCGCCAGGGCUGUCCUCCCCACGCCGGUGGUGGUCUGGGCCUGAACCGCAUUGUCAUGUUCUUCCUGGGCCUGCCCAACGUCCGGUUGGCGUCGCUGUUCCCUCGCGACCCCCAGCGUCUGCGCCCUUAAACGUCGAAUCGGCGAUAGAUUGACCAGGCCUGUCUGUAUCUGGAUACAAAAGAAAUAUAAUGGAGCGAUGAAUUCAAU